AGUCCAACGUUCCGAUCAUGACGACGGUGUAAUUAGUCAAACAUGGCAGAAAUCAAGUUUACGUCCCGUGCUUACUGUAAAAUGAUUUUACAUGCAGCCAAAUAUCCUCAUUGUGCGGUUAACGGCAUUCUGUUAUCAGAGUGUUCCAAGUCUAAAGACUCUAAAAAACCUUCAAACAUUGUUUAUGUGGACGCAGUCCCUCUUUUUCACUUAUGUUUACAUGUGUCGCCUAUGGCAGAGAUCGCUUUAACACAGAUCGAUCACUGGGCGAGUACAGAAGGCCUGGUUAUAUCAGGGUACUACGUAGCCAAUGAGAGCAUUCGAGAUACCAGUAUAGAGAAGCCUGCAAAUAGGAUAGCUGAUAAAAUAGCGGAACAUAAUAGCUCGGCAUGUUUAGUUGUUAUUGACAACCGCCUACUAUCGUUAACCAUGGAGGAGCCGGCGUUAAUAGUCUCACAAUUUGCUGAUGUCAAGUGGAAAACUCUGGAAAAAUCGAGUUGGUCGGUGCCGGAGAGUUGCCUGGACACGGCAGCCACUCUGCUGGAGCGGCGUUGGCAGGAGAACGUCAUAGACUUCGAUAACCAUCUCGAUGACAUCACACUGGAUUGGCGGAACAAAUCGGCAAACUCCGCGAUUGAUACAUAUUCCAGCCAAUAGGCAUUCCAAUGUUGUUUUCUUUUUGUUGUUUCAGAUUAUAUAUAUAAUUUACAUGUUGUCAUCGAGUGUUGAGUAUUAUUUAGUAGAAUCAUUUAUUUAUUUUUUUAGCCUCAUUUUACUUUCACCUCAUUCGGAAAAGUAUGCCAAAUCCGGUACAAAAUAGUGAUUGUGAUUCAAAAUUUUUAGGGAGAAACUAUCCUAGGAACUUAAUGAAUAGCUAGAGACAAUGAUCCUGAUAAUCGGUCAAAAUUAGCCGAGUUCAUUACAAUUUAAAUGAAACCCAGAGCUAAAUACAGAAACAUUUCCUGAGUGGUUGAUACAGUACAUAGUCCACUGCUAGUGUGCAAGUAAACCACAAAUAAAUAUGAUGUGAUAUUAGAAUACAUGAUUACAUAUAUGUAACGCUAGCAGACCGUUUACGUGUAAUUUAAUCAACAGUAAAUCGUUAAUAUUAAAUUUAUUUAAAUGCGCAAUUUUUACGGACGAAAUGAGAUAAGGAAACUAAUCCCUGAAGUAUAUUAAAGUAAAGUAUCUCACUUCCACCUGAAAUUUAGCUUUGGUGAAGAACUACGUAUUGCAUUGUAUUAAUAUUAAAGUCCAGGAGCCGAAAGCAAAUUUGCACUGUAUAAGCACACAAACUAGGAUUUUGUGGAAUAGAUAAGUUUUCUUUUCCCUCAAGAAAGGAAUUGAUUAUCAACCACACUAGCUUUGAUGGAGAAUUGAAACUGAAGGGUAGCAAAAGGGUUAAAAAAAUUAAAAAAAUACGUUAUUUCACUCGCCAUGUAUACUUUAGCUUGACAAACUCAAAACCAAUCAUUUGUUUGAAGUUUAUUACCAACGAUUUAUUAGAAGCAUUUCUGAUUUGAAUUAAUUAUAUUUCCAAUGCCACAGCUGAGUCUGCCUUGUUGCCUCGACCGAAAACACAAAUACAUAGGUCUCAGAAACUUACUUCGGUUAAAAACGUUUACUUCCUAGCCCUCGUCAUGUAAUUCUGGUCUAAGCUAUUUCCAGUGUUAUAGCAGAGUUUGCCUUAUUGUCCUGAUGAAGAAGAAAAUAUGUACAUACACAAGUCUGAGAAGCCCACUUUGGUCAAAUGUUUCUACUUCUGGUCAUAUUAAAUCACUUAAGGUGCCACAGUUGAAUUUGUCUAAUUGCCCCGAUCAAGAAACUAUAUACGUAUGUUGCUCUUGGAAAUCUACUUUGGUGUAAGGUAUUUCUAGUGCCAUAGUUGAAUUUGCAUUGUUUCCCGAUGAAGAACAUAUACAUGGGGCUGAGAAGCCCAUUGCAACAGUCCAGGGGGAAAUCCUUAUUAUAAUCUUUUAACCAACACGUCCGAGAUAUAUUGUGCAACUCUAGUUUUUCGAACAAGAACCACGCUCGAGUUAUGCUGUGCAACUACAGUUUUGUGAUCAAACGCCAUGUCCGAGUAUACCCGUUUUCAUAUUAUCAGCUGGAUUAUUUUUGUUGUAUCAGCUGUUAUAUUGUGUUCUAUUAUGCUAGAUAUGUUUAGAAGAUAAAUGUCCAGUUGGUGGUGCAAUAUUGUGAACAUUACUCAAACUACUUGGACACCAUGUGCUUUGUAUCGCAAACAAGUUCGGGAAUGGUUACGUAAUACGUUGAUAUUUUACAAGGUGUUUUCCGAUGUUUAUUCGUAGAAUGUUGUGUGAUAGUGGUAAUAUGUUGUAAUUAUUUGACAAAUUGACAUUAUUUGAGAUGUUUGUAAACAUUGUUAAUUGUUUACUCUAUUUAUUAAACUUUAAAUGAAGUUUAAAGUGUUAUGUUAAAAACUCCUAAAAAUAGAAAAAAAACUCUGUGUUAGGGGGUCUUAGUAUGUAACUGAACACGGCGCAUCAGUGUCACCAUGAAUCCAGGAACACGGCGGUUUAAAGGGUUAAGCACAUGACACGUUCAGUGCUAAUGGCUAAAAAUAUUUUAUGUCAAUGCAGUUUAGUUCGUCUGAUAUUUGCCAUCAUGGUUACCCAUAAGAACAUUGUAAAAGUGUUAGCUAAUACUCAGCCAAAUUUUAUGGAAUGAUAUGCACAAUCAUCAAUGUUGCUUAUACAAAAAUGAAGCUUCACACAUAAUUUCAUGUCUAUAGAUCACGUAUAUUCCCAAGAUAUUGUGUGUAGAGAGAGACAAGACAUGAAAUUUUUCAAGCUCCUCGAGUGAUGCAGGCUAAUCCUAAUGCUCAGCCGAUUGUGUUUAUAUUUACAUGGUUUUUUAUGUCUCGUAGUGUUGAGAAAGUGGCUGUACAAAGUUUUUAGAAGUACGCAAAAAAAUCAAAAGCACAUGUUGUGUUUGGCUGUCACAGAUUAAUCUUCUGGAAUCUAGAGUCCACGACUGUCUGAAAAGACCUAAAAAAAGUCUGAACUUGCCAUUAAAAAAGAUAUAUUUGAAUGGCACAACAACAGCAUGAAGUCCAGACUGGUGAGAAUGAACCCAAGUAAUGUCACAGCACAGAACCAAGAGAACACACACACCAAGUAGUGUCACAGCACAGAACCAAGAGAACACACACACACCAAGUAGUGUCACAGCACAGAACCAAGAGAACACACACACACCAAGUAGUGUCACAGCACAGAACCAAGAGAAACACACACACACCAAGUAGUGUCACAGCACAGAACCAAGAGAACACACACACACACCAAGUAGUGUCACAGCACAGAACCAAGAGAACACACACACACCAAGUAGUGUCACAGCACAGAACCAAGAGAAACACACACACACCAAGUAGUGUCACAGCACAGAACCAAGAGAACACACACACACCAAGUAGUGUCACAGCACAGAACCAAGAGAACACACACACACCAAGUAGUGUCACAGCACAGAACCAAGAGAACACACACACCAAGUUGUGUCACAGCACAGAACCAAGAGAACACACACACACCAAGUUGUGUCACAGCACAGAACCAAGAGAACACACACAUUAAGUAGUGUCACAGCACAGAACCAAGAGAACACACACACCAAGUAGUGUCACUACACAACACAUGUCACACGCACCAGGGAAGAUGGAAGACUGGAGAGAAAAUAAAUAUUGGAACUUCUUGUUGUAUUGUGGUGCAUGAGGUGAAACAAAGAAAACAGGAAGGCGAUGGUCGGGAUUGGGAGAAGUAAGGGGAAGACACCUACGCCUCAUGUUUUGGUCAUGGAUCUCAGUGUCAUAGUGUGUAUACCAAUUUUAUCGACUGAGGUUUAUUUGAGUGUUAAAAUUUUUUAGGUUUCCUUGCAGGAGUAGAUCACACCAAGUGGCGCAUAACAGGCUUUGCUGAGGUAUGCAAAAUCUCAAGUCAAUCGCUCAUUUCAUUCUUGAGAUGUCUUUUGGACAGACAAACAAUCAUACAGUAAAGAAAUUUUGAUAUUCUCCGGCAGACAAGAGAAAUCGUGCCAACCUACUGAGUGAUAGGCUUCAAUAACGCUCAGCCAAAUUCCAUGGAUAGACUUGCCCAUCGUAGAAAUAAUUCGUGUCUAUGUGGAAAUGAAGUUCCAUGCUAAAUUUAUAGUGUACAAGUGACAAUCAGGUUACCUUGUGGAUAGGCUACAUGCGUUACUGUCAUAUGUUAAAAUGUAUAUGAUUGCACUCAGUUUGCCUACAGAUUUAUUUAUUCCGGGAUUUUCCCACUGCUAUCAUGGUUACCCAUAAAACUAUAUAAAAAUUGUUUGCUAACGCUCAGCCAAAUCUCAAGGAGUGACAUGCACCAUUAAACUAGAUGUUGCUUACUUGAAACCUAAGUUUCAUGCAAAAUUUCAAGUCUAUAGAGUCAGUUCGUUUUUGAGAUAUUGUUAGACAGAAAUGAAAUGUAUAAAGCCUCUCAACAGGUGAUAAGCUUUGCUCAGCCAAUAAAUUACUAAUCAGAUAAUCAAAGGGUUUUAUAAUAAUAAUUUUAGGGACACUAUUUCACUAGUGCAGUGAUGAAUAUCAUUACAGGGCUGAUGUGAUAGUGUAUUUUAAUAUCAAAGAAAAAAAUAUUAAUUUUGUUGUACAUAGCUAUAAUCUUGUACACGGAACACUUUUCACGGGGCCCUUUAUGAUGUAAACUUGGUGAAAGUAAGAUGAGACGAUUAAACGAUUACAAACUUAGGCUGAAGGGUUUAAGGAUUUUCUACCUCCAAUUGGAACAAUUGUCUGCAUUAUUUUUAUGGACUGUUUAUUAAAGGUAUGGAUUUGUGAACAAAUGUCAUAGCGACCAAUAUUGUUGUUUAUGUAUCUAGAAACUACUCUAGUUUUUUGUUUGUUUCUUGUCAUAGAUUUAGUAUCAUUAUUGUUAUUAGGUAUAAAGACAGCUUUAUCUUUUAUUCAGCAUUAGAUUUUUGUCAGUUGAAUUUGUCUAUUCGAUAUUCAUGAAAACCAAAAUGGAAAAAUCAAAUGCUGUAACUUAGUAUAAAGUGAACUACUAUCUAGAAAUUUUAUACUGUGUGUACACACACGUCCUGCACAUCAUAUCUUGAAACUGUACAUAAUGUUCAGCAACGCAGUGCAGCAACUUUGUUUGUUUGUUAGACAUAAGGCGAUGUUUUUGUGUUGAAAAUUAUAAAAGAAUUAUAAUACCGAGUUGUUUUGUUUGCGAACUGUUUGAACCCCGAUAUAAUUGUUGUUGAAAUUCUUUACAUUAGGUGGAAAGCUUCUUAAAGUAUUUAUCAAAUGUAAAGUUGUAGCCAUUACUGAUCAUGCUUGUACACUAGUAACCAUUAUUUGACGUAUCAGAAACAUGUAUGAUGUAUCAGAAACAUGUAUGACGUAUCAGAAACAUGUAUGACGUAUCAGACACAUGUAUGUAGACCCUGUGAUUGUGAUUCGUUAAACGGUACAAAUUGUAAAAUACAGUUGAGUUGUAUAUUGUACUUUGCUGAUGCAUUGUUUCCGCUAGAUUCCAAUGAGAUUGUAAAAGAUUACAUUUUAUAUGGAGGAGAAUAAACUUUUGUAUUAUCAAAA